CAGGGUUUAUUUUUGGACUGCCAUGGCGUCUGUUCCUUGCAUUCGUGUGAAGGGGGGUCUAGUUGGGCUCAACAUGAACCUGCCGUUCUAACACUUUGGGCUGGGACAAGCAGGCAGCAGCCGGCCGGCCACCCCCUACGCAGAAAACGCACAGGGGUACCUGCCUGGGCUGCCUCAAACAUCCAUAACACAAGUUUUUACCUGGGUGCAGACGCGCUCAUGGCUCUUGCUUACACCUCUGUCCCCCACUCGGGCCUGUUUACCCACCAGUACCCCCCUCCCCUGCUGCCCAAGCCUGGCAAAGACAACGCCCGGCUGCAAAAGCUCCUCAAGCGCACUGCCAAGAAGAAAGCCACUGCUCAGACCUCUCAAUCCACUGCGCCCUUCCGUUCAAGCCUCUCCCCUGUGAACGAAGCUAGCCCUGAUUUGGAACGUAGCGACCACUCCUCCACCCCGCCCAGAACCCCCGAGACCCCUUACAGUUUCUACAGCCACCACCCGCCAAGAUUCUCAGUAAAACCGGUCAAGCCAUACCAACAUGUGGCAUCACCCUAUCCACAGCGUGCAGCGUAUGGACGUGGGUUGUCCCCCCAAACUGUGGUGCCACCUACGUACACUCAACCCAUUGGCACUUCUCCUUCAUACCCCACUGUCACACCUGCUACACCGCACGCCCCACAACAACCAGUGCCCAAAAUAACACUACCCUCUUCCUUUGCUCUUGAACCAACAGCUGUGGACGUGCAAAAACCAGCCUUCAUCACGCUUCCCACAACACCAAGGGCACCAAGUCCUGGCUUUUACCCAACCGGUCUGGCAGAGACACGACCUCUCACUGUGCUCACCCCCAUUGUCAAGUCGAAAAGCCCUCGUCCGACUUUCAAAGCAAAUGAACAUUCAAGAUCACCUAAGCCAUUGUUCGAUGUCCCUCAAAUUAGGAAUUACACAGCAAGUACAUCCUACUAUGAGACAUCAAGGACCCCGCCUGUGUAUGAUACAACCGGUCUAACCUCUAUUGGGGGGACUGUGACACAAUCUGCAACUGAAAUCAAAAGAGAUUCAACACCAUCGUCCGAGAUAAGAGCGAGGAUUACGCCAACAACUGACUUGUUGGGUUCAGACCAACAAAGAAGGACCCCUACAAUGACAGGAGUGGUUGCAACUACCCAAGAAUCUCAAGUUCAGACUCCAGCUAGUGAAGUGAAAAGGGCAACACCGACAGCAGAAAUCAAGCAAGUCACUCCAACCUCUGAACCAAAACGCACCACUUCCACCACUGAAAUAACAGUCAAAACAACAUAUGACUACCACUCAUCACGGCUAUCAUUGGGACGUCCCAGGACACCAGCUUACCGCCCAACAACUCCAGUUUUUGAAAUCUCAAGACCCAAUCCCCUACUCUUUGCAGUGUCGCCAAUUACAGUAGAACAAGAACGAUCCAGAACCCCUAAGUCCACUAUAAGCGAUAUCUCAGUGACAUCUUCAGAAGUUAUACCGAAUGGGGACGUUCAUCACACGGAGCUACCAGAAGUAAAACCAGCCCAAGAUAAUAUUGUAAAGUCAAAAUCUGAGUCAGAUAUUUCUAGAGUGAAAUCUACUACUCCUGUUGCCGACACGCUUUCAACUGAGCCAUUGCCGUCUUUGCCCUCUCAAAGCAUUCAAAGACCUAAGACCCCUACAUAUGAAGCAUCCCGGCUGUUGAGUUCUGCCCCGGGAUUCAAAAGACCAAAAACACCCACAUAUGGGACUUCCGUGAGUGGGGUAUCUCCUGUAGGCUUUCAGAGACCUAAAACUCCAACACAGGUAGCCCAUAAAUCUCACAAGUCUUCCUACCGUGGACUAACGCCUGCUGAAUAUGCAGCCUACGGAGGUAUUAAAACCUACUCUCCUGCGUUUGGUAUCACAACAUCUUUGACAACUCAAGAAGAAACUAAAAUAGAGGAUAAAGUAGUAGCUACAACUACUACUGAAAAGGUUUCUGUAAAGGAGGAGGCAAUUGUAGAGGUGUCAAAACCAAAAGAAGUCAUAAAAGAAUUGGAUAAACCUAAGACGAUUCCAUCUGUACCUACAAUUGUGGUGACUCAAGCAUCCGAGACAAUUGCAACCACAACUAUGCAGGAGAAAGUGUCUAGCCAUAUUGUAGAAAAGGUGUCCGUAAUUCAAGAAACAAAAGUUGCGCCUCAAAAAGAACAGGAGAAACCUAGUGAAAAAGUUGUAAAAUCUGAAGAAGUUACUAAAGUCAGUCCUGAAGUCAAGCCAUCUAAAAAGGAUGACGAAGAUGGACUAAAAGCUGUUAGGAAAUUGUUCGGAAGGGCUCCACCAGCAGAGAAGAAAGCUGUAGACACAACAGCUAAGGUUGAACAAAAAGAGGAAACAAAACCUCGAGUUAAAAGUGAAACUAAAUCUGAAGAGACAAAGCCAACCGCUGUGCCUUUCAAAAUGGCAACAGCAGAAUCAAAAAUAAGUGAGAAGAAAGAAGAAUCCACCCCUGCUGCUCAAACAGAGAAGAAGGAAGAGGAUGGGGCCUUGCAAGCUGAGCCUCUUCUUAAAGCUAUGCAAAAGCCAAAAGGCCUGAAAUCCAAAAUGAGUGGUUGGUCCAGGCUAAAGAAGCACAUGGUGGUGGAGCAGGAGGAGCCCAAGUUUCCAGAAAUGGGCGUCCAAAAAGAGUCCACUGUUUCAGACAAUACUACCCAGCCCAAAGUGGUUGAGGAGAAAGCUGAGGAGAAAGUUGAGGAUAAACCAGCAAGCGAGAGCCAAGCUUCAGACAGGGACAGCCCCAAAGCAACCAAGAUGUGGGAUGCUGUCCUCUUCCAGAUGUUUUCCACCAAGGAGAACAUCAUGGCACAGAUCGAGAUGAACAAAAGCGAAGAGGAGAAAAAGCAGGAGAAAAAGGACGAGCCUGUUGAAAUCCCUUCGUUCGCACACCGGCUCCCCGUACUUCUUUUUAGCCCCCGCUUUGAUGCUAAAAAGCUCAGAGAGGCGGCAUCCAGGCCAGUGACGAAAAUUUCCACUGUGUUUGAAAUGGGGCUGAUCGGACGGAAAGGGAAAGACGAGGAACCAAAAGACUUUAACCGAACAGCAAGGGGGUUCGCUGCUUCUUAAGCUAAAUGUUCGAAGUGUAAAGGAAAUGCUAUUUAUGUAAAGCUUCAGAAAAUACAGUUGUUGUUGUUGUUGUACAGGUCCACAGUCUUGGUCUAUGUUAAGUGUUGUGAGGACUCGGCCUUCAUUUUUACCUACAUUGUGUGAUUGGUUGUGUGGUAGAUUUUUCAUGUUUGUAGACAGAGAGUUGUAUGUGUCUUGCAGUCAUUCAGACGUCACUUUGGAUUAAACAGUUUUGUUUAAAAUAUACUCAGAGCUUCUCAUUUGUUCCUUGUUUAUAACCAUUUCAUACAUUUUUAUGUUUUUUCAUUGAGGCACUUGUUAUUGUGUGGGAAGAAAGUGGGAAUAUUUUGGAAGCAUCAAAAUAAGUAAGUGCAAAUAUUUAAGCAAAAGGGCCAAACUGUAAUGUCACAACACAUAUAGGUCAAAGCAUCGCAAAACAACAUUAGACUAUUAUUUAAUGAACUAACAUCGUUUUGGGUUGCUUAUUUGUUCUGCCUCUAACAUUCACGCACACAGCUAUCUCUCGCAUUUAUUUUAAUUUUUCAUAUUGGUGCUACUUGCCUAUACAGGUACAACAUUAAGAUUCAUCUGUACCCAAGUAUAGAUUUAAUGGUGCAAUAUUUUUUUAUAUUAAUACUGUCCGUAUAUAAACAGUAAGGUUUAGAGAAGAUUUGCAUUGACUUGGUGCUUGUUAAGAAUGUUAUUAGAAAUGGUGGGGGAAGUAGGUAGGCGCAAAGAAGUAUUUUUAGUUUGUGCAAAAUGUCAUCAUCAGACCAUUUUUGUGUUGCUAUUUGUCUGUCUCUGGAAGAGUCACUGUUUCAAAAUAAAUUUGGAGAAAAGUUGC